AUGACCGUGAUUUUGCGGGAUCAAGGAUUGUACAAAAUUGUCUCGAGUCCUAAUGUCAAACAUGGCGGUGCGGCGGAAACUACAAGGAUCGAUCAGGCGUCGGCGGAGCCCGAGCAGGCGUCGGUAGAGAAGGAUAUAAAGGCGAUGAGUGCAAUUGUGACAAGAUUGGCGGAACCAGUUCUACAUCACGUAAUUACUUGUCAAACAGCGCACGAAGUG